AUAGGGCCAGUAACAGAUACAAAAUGGAAACUGAAUGGGUCGCGAGCAAUCGAAGAUGGCGGGAACAGGAUCGCAAUACACGUCACUCCACCAGAUGGAGACGAAGAUGACGAGUUCGUGCCCCCGCUGCGUGUGCGACGCAAGCUCAGUACACCCGUGAGCGCACUUGAAGGAGCAGAUGGACUCGCUGCUUUACGGUCAAGUGAUAUUCAACGAGGGUCAGUACAGUCACUUUCUCCCCUGGACCGCACUAAACGACGAUUCAGCACGAUGGUGUCCAGCGCCACGGCAGCAGCAGUCUCCCGCCGACUGUCCGCCACAAUCGGCUGGUGUCUGGCCACACCCACACAGGUCAAACCACAAAUCGUUCGCCAGGGAAGGGCUUUGUGUCUACAGUAUAUAAAAACACAAAUUAAAAGAUCUGCCAUAAAUACCAAAAAGCAAAUUGUGAUAAAACGUCUUCAAAAUAUGAUCGAGACGGAAUGUGGUGCAGAAGCAGCAGCUAACGUGGAACACGGGGUAAUAGCAGCAAUGCGAGCUCUGUGCGUAGCACUGGAACGUAAGCGACCUGAAGCUUUCCGGCACGUGGCGCGCCAGGCCACCCGGGCACCCUCGGCCAUGCUCCGCUCAGACACGGCACUCGCAGAAUUAGCCUUAGCCCUUGGGCGUCGCGUCACUAGAGACAGUAUCACUUGGUCCAAGAUAGCAGCAGUAUACUGCAUAUGUGGAGCACUGGCACGAGAAGCAGCUGAGGCAGCGGAAGGCGAGCCUGCAAUCGAGCUGGUUGCAGCACCAGCAGCAGCCAUCGCUGAUCUACUGCACGAGGACACUGGCUCUUGGAUCGCUGCUCACGGUGGAUGG